AUGCAAUCCGCGAACCGCCUCCUCAAAGCCCUCAAAACCAACAAGCCAACCUUCGGCGGUUGGCAGAAGCUCCCGGGCAGCAACCUCAGCAGGACAAUCGCUCGUACGCCCAAUCUCGACUGGAUCUGCCUCGACUGCGAGCACGGCAACAUCUCCGAUUCCGAAAUGCACGAAUCCGUAGCUGCAAUCGCCGCCUGUGGCGUUAGUCCCAUCGUCCGAGUAGCAGACGGUCAACACUGGAUGAUCAAACGAGCACUGGAUUCCGGAGCACACGGGAUCAUAAUACCGCUCUUACACACAGCCGAAGAUGUGGAGAACGUGGUGAGGUAUAGUAAAUUUCCGCCUCAAGGGAAUCGAGGGUUGGGCGGUGCCUUUGCGAUGGAGAAGUUUAUCGAUCAGACAGCUUCCGAUCCCGAGGAAAUCUCGCUUCAACAGUAUUUUCGAGAAGCCAACGACAGUAUCGUGGUCAUUGUACAAAUUGAGACGGCUUCCGCGCUCGAGCGAAUCAGUUCAAUUGCAGCAGUACCCGGGGUCGAUGUGUGCUUCAUCGGCCCUGUGGAUUUGGGCAAUUCGAUCGGUUAUCCUUGUGAGUCGCUGGGCAAUUAUGCGCCAGAACUGGAGGAAGCGAUUGGCAAGAUCAAGGGAGAAGCGCAAGCGGCUGGGAAAUGGACGGGAAUAUACACCUCGGGAGGAGAGUCGGCCAAGAAGUAUGCCUCGGAAGGGUUCAGUAUGAUUAACGCGAUGAAUGAUGUGUCGGCGAUCAGGAUGACCUUUGGACAGGCUGUGCAGGCUGCUAGGCAAUGA